AUGACCAUGGAAAGGAGGAUAAAGUUAAAAACACUCAAUAGUCACAUUACUUGUAAAAUUUGCCGUGGAUACUUCAUCGAUGCAACUACGGUCACCGAGUGUCUUCAUACGUUCUGCAAGAGCUGCCUGGUGAAGCAUUUGGAGGAGAACAACACAUGUCCAACAUGCAACAUUGUAAUCCACCAAUCUCACCCUCUACAGUACAUAAGUUUUGAUAGGACAAUGCAAGAUAUUGUUUAUAAACUAGUGCCGGAUUUACAAGACAAUGAAAUAAAACGAGAGAGGGAUUUCUACAGAGCGAGAGGAUUACCAUGUCCGAAGGAUGCAGCCCUCGCUGCUGACAAACCAGGAGCAGGAGAUGAACCUGAACAGCCAGACAAUACAGACUGUCAUAGAAAAGAUGAACAGGUUAAUGUUUGUUUGGAGUGCAUAUCAACGUCACUGCGUACACUGAAGCGUAGUUUUAUAAGGUGCUCUGCGCAAGCAACGAUAACGCAUCUUAAGAAAUUUGUAGCUAAAAAAGUUUUAAAUGGCAUGGAGAAAUAUAGAGAAAUUGAUAUAUUGUGCAAUGACGAAUUACUAGGCAAGGACCAUACGUUAAAAUUUGUAUACGUCACUCGUUGGCGGUUCCGAGACCCUCCGCUGCGAUUGCAGUAUAGGCCUAAGAUAGAUCUCUUUGUCGAAGAUGUCAACGACGACCUGAAAUGUUUUAUAUCAGAGAAAAAAGUUGACAGCGUGCUAGUGUUCCCGCCGGUGAGCAACUACCGGCGGUUCCUGAUCCACCGCUGCGUGGGUGAGCUGGGCAGGCCCGAGCUCGCCAGCUUCUCAGUCGGCGUCGGCGACGAGCGCCGGACCGUGGUCUGCUACAGGGAACGGCUCCUGAGUGAUGAGGCUUGCUCGCGACCAGCCAUGGGUUUGACGGUGGCUACCCGUGACGAUGCGGCACUUAACAAUACAAGUGCGGCGGUGGGGGACUGCAGGUCUGCGCAAGCGCAGUGUCGCCAGCCUCAGGAAAAGAUCAGGUCGGCAUCGGCUAAACCGAGGCGACCCGAUCGCGCGGUGUACGUGCCGCGCGCGCUGCGCGGUGCCGACACCAGCUCCUCGGACGAGGCGAGGACCAGCGACAGGGUCGAGGUCCAGCGCCGCCCCAGCCACAGCGCGGACCCCAAGUGCCCAAAGUCCCCCGGCGCCAAGGACAGGUCCGCCCACGGCACCCCCAAGAGGUCCGUCGACAAGAACUUUUGCAACGUCUACACGCCCCCCCACUUGAGGGGCCAGAGGCAAAACGCCCCCCACGCGCCUGAGCCCAGCCAACCAGAGCCGCCCGCCCCCCAAGUGCCAAACAGUGAUAGUGCAAUACCGUACAGUGAUAAUAGUUUUAGCGACGUAGAGGCGGGCGAGACGUUCUACAUAGGCGACUACUUCGCGAACGGUCAGCUCGGCUUCUACAGCCCCGCGUUCUACGAGUACUCGACUGACGGAAGGGAGUUGGACGACGCGCCUAUCGCCGAUGAGUGCGAAUUAAACAUGGCCGAACGGGAUACGCAGAGGAUAAUAGACGGCGACUACUCCUACUCUAAGGACGAGGACGUCGAGAAGAAGGAGCUGAAGAGAGCUUCGCGGGAGAUAAACAGGAGCAGCAAGCGGAUUAUCAAGCAGAGCUUCGACUCGGACGUCCUAGUCAUAUCCGAUCCCGUCGAAGAGUCGAAGAAGACACUGAGCAGCGAGACCAAAGAUGAGAUAGAGGCGGAAAGCAAACCUAAGCAGAAGUUGGAAGCUAGGGUGUCCCUAAAACGGGAGGAGAACGACUGGGACGCGGUGUUCGACGACAGCGGCGAGUGUUUGGACCCAUCGCUGCUCGAGGAGCUGACCGCCACGGUGGGAAAGGUGCACAUCACCAAGACCAGGAACAGCUACGACCAGUACCAGAGCCGCGGGCAGGCGCUCCUGAGCGGGCCGUGCGACGAGACUUUCGCGCACGUGGUCGAGGUCUACGACUUCCCCAGCGAGUUCAAGACGAACGACCUUCUCUCGCUGUUCAGCGAGUACAAGGACACAGGCUUCGAGAUCAAGUGGGUCGACGACACGCACGCCCUCAUCGUGUUCAGCAGCGCCAAGAUUGCUGCAGAGGUGCUGUCUACGCAGCGUUCGCUCGCACGCUGUCGUCCCCUCCACGCCGCUACCCUCGAGUCGAGGAACAAGGCUAAGAAGUGCGCCGAGUUUCUGCAGCCCUACAGGCAACGCCCGGAGACAUGUACCGCACUGGCGAGGCGUCUAGUAUCCGGGGCGCUGGGCGUCCGCCUCAGCACGGCCAGGCAGGAGCGAGCGGAGGAGAGGAGGCUCAUCACCCUCGCCAGAGAGAAGAAACGUCAGGCGGCGCUGCACAAGGAGGCCGCAUGGGACGGCUCCCUCGCCAACCAGUCUGCGGCGGACACG